ACCGUCACUUCCGGCGGCGCAGGCCACGCGCCUGCGCGGGGCGCCUGGCCUCAGUGAACGGUCGGCAGGGGCGCCGCGCCGCCAACGGCCUCGAGUGGCGGGCGGCGCGGAUUCGACUGGGGCGGCAGCGGUGCCGCGGGAUGCUGUCCAGAGAGUGUGCGGCCUGAGCGGGCCAGCCCACUCCGCGGAGGGGCCGGUCGCCCCGCCCCCUUCGCCAUCUCCCUCCAUUGCGCCCUCCUCCGGGGCUCGCAGUCCGUCCUGGUGCGGCUGCUAGGGCGCCCGGGACACUGGCGGAGGCGGCCGCGUCGCCCUCGCACUCGGGCCCGCCCCCUCGCGCCCCGCCCUGUCCCCGCCCUCCUCGCCGCCCUCUGCGGGAGCCCGGCAGCUGCAGCGGAGCCGCGGAGCGGGCGGCGGGGCCGGGGCUGUGCGCUCGGCGCGCGCGGAAUGUGAGGCUCGGCAGGCCGUAGCGCUCUCGGACGCUCGGACGAGCGAGGGGCGGCGACCCCUCGCGGACGCCCGGCCGCGUGCCGGACCGGGCACCUCACCCUCUCGCUCGCCGUUGCGCGCGCCCCGCGCCCUCCAGCGCGCCGGCGGGACCAUGAAGAAGUUCUCUCGAAUGCCCAAGUCGGAGGGCGGCGGCGGCGGCGGUGGAGCGGCGGGUGGCGGGGCCGGCGGGGCCGGGGCCGGCUCUGGUAGCUCGUCCAUGGGGGUCCGGGUGUUUGCGGUCGGCCGUUACCAGGUCACCCUGGAGGAGUCACUGGCCGAAGGUGGAUUCUCCACAGUUUUCCUGGUGCGGACUCACGGUGGACUCCGCUAUGCAUUGAAGCGAAUGUAUGUCAAUAACGCGACAGACCUCAACAUUUGUAAAAGGGAAAUUACAAUUAUGAAAGAGCUGUCUGGUCACAAAAAUAUCGUGGGUUAUUUGGACUGUACUGUUAAUUCAGUUAGUGAUAAUGUAUGGGAAGUGCUUAUCUUAAUGGAAUAUUGUCGAGCUGGGCAGGUAGUGAAUCAGAUGAAUAAGAAGCUGCAGACAGGUUUUACAGAACCAGAAGUGUUACAGAUAUUCUGUGAUACCUGUGAAGCUGUUGCAAGGUUGCAUCAGUGUAAGACUCCAAUAAUUCACCGGGAUCUGAAGGUGGAAAAUAUUUUGUUGAAUGAUGGUGGAAACUAUGUACUUUGUGACUUUGGCAGUGCCACAAAUAAAUUUCUUAAUCCUCAGAAAGAUGGCGUUAAUAUAGUAGAAGAAGAAAUUAAAAAGUAUACAACUCUGUCAUACAGAGCCCCUGAAAUGAUCAACCUUUAUGGAGGGAAACCUAUCACCACCAAGGCUGAUAUCUGGGCCCUGGGAUGUUUGCUGUAUAAACUUUGUUUCUUCACUCUUCCUUUUGGUGAGAGUCAGGUUGCUAUCUGUGAUGGCAGCUUCACCAUCCCAGACAAUUCCCGUUACUCCCAUAACAUACAUUGUUUAAUAAGGUUCAUGCUUGAACCAGAUCCAGAACGUAGACCCGAUAUAUUUCAAGUGUCAUAUUUUGCAUUUAAAUUUGCCAAAAAGGAUUGUCCAGUCUCCAACAUCAAUAAUUCUCCUAUUCCUUCAGCUCUUCCUGAACCGAUGACUGCUAGUGAAGCAGCUUCUAGGAAAAGCCAAAUAAAAGCCAGAAUAACAGAUACCAUUGGACCAACAGAAACCUCAAUUGCACCAAGACAGAGACCAAAGGCGAAUUCUACUACUGCCACUCCUAGUGUGCUGACCAUUCAAAGUUCAGCAAUACCUGUUAAAGUCCCAGCUCCUGGUGAAUUCAGUAACCACAGACCAAAAGGAGCGCUGAGACCUGGAAAUGGCCCUGAGAUUUUACUGGGUCAGGGGCCCACUCAGCAGCCUCCACAGCAGCAUCGAGUACUUCAGCAGUUACAGCAGGGAGACUGGAGAUUGCAGCAGCUUCAUCUGCAGCAUCGUCAUCCUCAGCAGCAGCAGCAGCUACUUCAGGAUGCUUAUAUGCAGCAGUAUCAACAUGCAGUGCAACAGCAACAGAUACUUCAACAACAGUUUUUAAUGCAUUCAGUAUAUCAGCCGCAACCUUCUGCAUCACAGUAUCCUACAAUGAUGCAGCAGUAUCAGCAGGCUUUCUUGCAGCAGCAAAUGCUAGCUCAACAUCAGCAGUCUCAACAACAGGCAUCACCAGAAUAUCUCACUUCCCCUCAAGAGUUCUCACCAGCCUUAGUGUCCUACACUUCAUCACUUCCAGCUCAGGUUGGAACCAUAAUGGACUCCUCUUAUAGUGCCAAUAGGUCAGUUGCUGAUAAAGAGGCAGUUGCAAAUAUUACAAAUCAGAAGAACAUCAGUAACCCACCUGAUAUGUCAGGGUGGAAUCCUUUUGGAGAGGAUAAUUUCUCCAAGUUAACAGAAGAGGAACUGUUGGACAGAGAAUUUGACCUUCUAAGAUCAAACAGGCUCGAGGAGAGAGCAUCCUCAGAUAAGAAUGUAGAGCCACUUUCUGCUCCACAUAACCAUCCUCCAGAAGAUCCUUUUGGUUCUGUUCCUUUCAUUUCUCACUCAGGUUCUCCUGAAAAGAAAGUUGAACAUUCAUCCAUGAAUCAAGAAAAUAGCACUGAAAACCCUAUCAAGAAUACAAAAGCAAGCCCAGUAUCUAAAGACCACCGGACUGGAAAGAAAACCUCAGAGAAUUCAUCAGUACACGGUCAACUGCAAAAGGGGAACGAUGAAUCUGAGAGUGAUUUUGAAUCAGAUCCCCCUUCUCCUAAGAGCAGCGAAGAGGAAGAGCAAGAGGAUGAAGAAGUUCUUCAGGGAGAACAAGGAGAUUUUAACGAUGACGAUACUGAGCCGGAAAAUCUGGGUCACAGGCCUCUGCUUAUGGAUUCUGAAGAUGAGGAAGAAGAAGAGAAACACAGCUCCGAUUCGGAUUACGAGCAGGCCAAAGCCAAGUAUAGCGACGCCAGCGCGGUCUACAGAGACACAUCUGGCAGCGGAGCGAUCCAGGAUCCUAGUGCAGCAGUCCUCACGCCCACCCAGUUACCCUCGGACGUCGGGGCGGGGACUCCCAGACCGGAGUUUGAUGUCUUUGGCGCCGUCCCCUUCUUUGCUGCACGUGCUCAACAGCCCCGCCAAGGGGAGCCGGAGAAGGACCCCUCCCCCGAGAGCCGGCUUCCCGCCGUGGGGCUGGAGCCCGAGGAGUUCGAUGUCUUCACCAAGGCGCCCUUCAGCAAGAAGGUGCCCGUGCCCGACGCGCCUGCGCUCCCCGCUCGUCCGCAGUGUGUGGAUAUAUUUGGCUCCACUCCGUUCCAGCCCUUGCCCACAUCAGCAAGUAAAAGCGACAGCAACGAGGACCUUUUUGGGCUGGUGCCCUUUGAGGAGAUAACCGGCAGUCAGCAGCAAAAAGUCAAGCAGCGCAGCUUGCAGAAACUGUCCUCCCGCCAGAGGCGCACGAAGCAGGAGGCGGCCAAGAGUAACGGGAAGCGGCACCACGGCACGCCCACCGGUGCCAAAAAGCCGGCCAAACCCGCCUACCGCACCCCAGAGAGGGCCCGCAGGCACAAGAGGGUGGGCCGCCGGGACUCCCAGAGCAGCAAUGAAUUUCUGACCAUCUCGGACUCCAAGGAGAACAUCAGCGUUGCCCUGACCGACGGGAAGGACAGAGGGCACGUCCUGCAAGCCGAUGAGGGUCUGUUGGACCCCUUUGGGGCCAAGCCGUUCCACCCUCCGGACCUGCCGUGGCACCCCCCGCAUCAGGGCCUGAGCGACAUCCGUGCCGACCACAACCCUGUCCUGCCCGGGCGGCCCAGGCCGAAUUCACUCCACGGGUCGUUCCCCGGGGCAGAUGCGUUGAAAAUGGAUGAUUUUGGUGCCGUGCCCUUUACAGAACUCGUGGUGCAAAGCGUCACCUCACAUCAGUCCCAACAGGCCCAGCCAGUCGAAUUGGACCCAUUCGGUGCUGCUCCGUUUCCUUCUAAACAGUAGAUAACUUCUGACUCUUGUUAUUAACUCCUGUUUCAAAGAAAAAAGUAUGAAUAGUUUUAUGAAUUUGAAAGAAAAUUUAUUUGUAUAGCUCUUUAUAUCAUUCAUUCUUACAGGUCAAUCAGAAUAGGUGAUUUUUAAAUAAACCAAAUAGAAAAAGGAAGUAUCUGCACAGGGUAGCAACUCCACGUCUCUUCCACGCAGGAGCAAAGGGAGUGAAAUGGCAAGCUCUAACCUGGGGUUUCAGCUGCAGACGUGAAGGCACAGAAAUCCAGGGAAAGUGUGUGGGCCCUUUCCAGUCGUGUAGUCCCUGAAAAGGGACUGGAAAGCUGCAGCUUUAUUUUUAUAACAGAAUGUCACUUUUGUGUGUGUAUCCGAGGCUCAUUCCAGAAUCCAGCAUUUAAAACUAAGGUUGUUUGUACAUACACAAGUUGCAUUUGUGGAUUUUUUUUUUUUUUAAGGUCUCUUCUAAUUUCCACAUUGGGGGAAAAAAAUCCACUUCUCAUAAAGAAUGAGAAAGUUAUUAUCUGGAGAGUGCAGAGAUUUUAGUCCUUACACCUUUCUCUACAAAGCGGAGCCAGAGGUCACUGACUGUUGUGCCUAAAACUGUUUCAUUUAAAAAAACAAGUGCCAUUAAUAUGGAAUAUCUAUGUAGACACCUUGAACAAAAACUAAGGAUAGAUAUCUGACAGGUGGAAAAAUGUAGAGAAAAAAAUGAUACAAAGAAAAAACCACUCUACUUCAGGAACACUUUAUGUUCUGGUGUUGAAUGGCUUCUUGCUCAAAACUUAUCAUGUCCCUAGUAAAGCAGAUUAUUGGAAAAACUGGGAAUGAGGACAAGGGUCAUAUAGAAAUUUUAUUUUAGGGAAAAAUAUGUAGCUAAAACCCUGAGUUUUUGAGACGUUUACAAUGUAAAAUCAUGUGGCAUUUAAUAAUGUGCUUUAUUGAAUUACCACCUUCGCCAACUAUUCCCCAAGUCGUGAGCAGCAAUUUCUGAGUUAGGUCUGGAGGGUGGAGUAGUUUUAAUAAAGUGCACAGAACAGCGAAACCCACAAAGCCUUACCGGCAGGACUUGCGCAUCCUGCCGCAAAUACCUCUGCACUAGUAACACGAGAUCUGAGAGUGGCUGUGAGGUGUCAGAUGACCAGGGGCUAGCAUCUCCACUCUGCUAGUUAGCUGAUUGUGUCUUUAGUGAAAAGAACCCAGCUACCAAAUUGCCUUUUUUUUUAACAUCACAAAUCCUAAUUAGAAACUUGAGGUUUUAUAGAAGUUGUUUAAUAAGAUAGAAAUCACGUCUAUGAAUUAAUGUGAAUAGAGUAUGUGUGCUUCCUGUGUCUCCAACUAUUUUAAGUUAUAAUUAACUGUCCUUCCCUAUCAAAUUAACAUUUAGAGGUUUCUAGAACCAUUAAAGCUAUUUACAAAAAAAGGGUGAAAACUCUUUUCAACUGGCACUCACUCUCCUCGAUUGCUCUAUUUUAAGUUAACUCUCUUUGAGCCCAAUUAAAAUGUAUUUUAUGAGUAAUCUUAAUAGAAUCUCUUAAUUAUAGUGCCCCAGUUGGGUUGAGCUAUUUGCCUGUUUUUUUCACAGUUCUAAAUUUGGGAAGAAGCAAAGUAUAUGUAACUAAGCCAUCUAUUUUUUUUAUUGCUUCUCUCUUUUUUAUGUUUUAAAUCAGAUACAACUUUUGUGGACAAAGGGGGAAGCAGUAUGUGAAUCAGAGUGAAGCAGAGGCAGACCAAGCAUGACAUUCGUUACUGCUUUAAAAGCUGUACUUUUAGAGCCCAAGUGCACCAGUUACUUGUCCUUGUGCCAAAGGCAAAUAUUAUGUUUGCACCUUUUUUUUUUUUUUUCUGAUUCUCAGGUUGAUUAAUACUGCUAAUGCAAAUGCUCAAGUAGAUGUGCUUGAAAACUUUACAAAGUAGAUUCAAGUGAUACUUUCUUUUAAAAGUGAAGAGUUGAUGAUUACACAUAGUAAAUUCAUGAACUACAGUAGGUUUGUAUCAAACAGAAUCUGUUUUUUAAUGAAAUCUGUUGGUUGAUGUAUACACAGUAUGCUUCUUUGACUAUUUUAGUCCUUAGCCUUGGUCUCUGCUAGACCUCAUGAGUUUCUUAAUUUAGAAGGGGUAGAGAUGAACUAGUAUGGUUUCCUUGGGAUGUAAACAUGAAAUACCUAGAGUCUGUCUGAUACCAAGGCCUUGCUUACAGUUGUUUUUCAAUACACUGAAUAAUUUUAAAUGAUUUAGAUACUGAUAGACACUUUGGCUUAUAAUGCUGGAUAAAUCCUAAGGAAACACUUUGACACUGUUUAAAAUAUUUACCUUCUUAUGUUUAUUAUAUCACAGCCCAGUGACUUUUCUCUUGAGAUUAUAGCUCAGAAGAGACAUUUAGGACUUAAUAGGGGACCCAAUGGGAGAGAAAUGGGGAGAUUCCUUUGUGUUGAAGUAGAGGCAUUUUCCCAAGGAGUACAGGAUUAGGGUUGCUUUCCAUUUCCCAUCAUGUUUUCCCACUACUGUUAGGAUGUAAGUCACUCCACACAGCUGAUGCCCAGGUAAUUCCCUUAUGAGAAUUAUGAGAAUAAAGCUCACAAGACGUGUGAAAGAGCUUAACACAUACUUGGUACACAGCACUCAGUAAAAGUUUGGCUCUAUUGUGGGAUGGUCCAAUUCUUGCUUAAGGAAGGAAAGUUGAAAAGAAAUCAUGUUCCUAUUAAUCAGUUGUCUUCUGUGCUUCUUUAGCAUGUAAAGUAGUCAUAACUCUAAACCUGUAAUACUUGAACAUCACUAAGGGAAGUAAAAUAUUAUGAAGCUAGCAAAAGUCUGAGGCCAAAGUUAUUUCUGUCCUAACAGCUUUAAUAAUGCUUAUUGAUUUUGAAUCAUCUUUUUAAAAGUGGACCAUUUGCUUAUUUUAAUAUUAUCACUUCAGCAAAAUGUUAGUGUUAAAAAGAUCAGUUUUUAUGGCACUGAGGAAUGUAUCUGCUAAGACACAAAAGUUGCUUGGUAUAGAUAUUAGGCAGAGGAGGAGAGGUUUAACUGACUAGAAUGUUUAUUCAAAAGUAUACAUCGGGAAAGUGUGAUUCUUCCACUGACGCGCCCCAUCCCUGUGUGUGUGUGUGUGUGUGUGUGUGUGUGUGUGUGUACGUGGACACAGUUACGACAUUAUUUGGAAUUGUAGAUAGAAGCAGCUUUUGAUUCUACCCUGUUUAUCGUUUGACAGUGAUAGACUGCUGUCCUCAUCUUGCUGGUGGGAAAUACUAAGGUGGAGCCCCUCCUCUACUCUGGUGUUCAUCAGGCAGAGUAGUCUUCCUACUAUCCAGCCUCUCUGCUUGGUUUAUUUUAGGUUGUGGUACUUCAUAUCAGCAUUGCUAGAAGGUACACGUGUAUUAGUAUCACUAGUUCUGAGGAGUUUGGGUACAUUUGUUUUAAUAUAUAUAGAAUGUGCAGUAAACAUUUUCUUCCUUUUUUUUUUUCUUUUAGCAAAAUUACGCAUCAUUUUAGGUCCAAUGUUGAGCUGACAGAUCUACUGUGAGAAUAACAUAAUGAUAGUUUAUUUGAAAACUUUUAUACACAGUGCUGUUUAUAUAUUAGGGUAAAUAUAUAGACGCACACAUGCUUGUACAUGUUACACCUCUCUACUGUGGAGUUAAUGUGAAUUUUUAAAUUUUAAAUGGAAUUGCAACCACAAUCAUUACUAAAGGAACAUUCACUCCUGGUGAGGGUUUACAAAAGCCACUAAAAGAAUAAGGUAGACAGAUGAAAAUGCAAACGGCCAUCAUUUGGGGUUAUUUUUAUUUAAAAAUUUAUUGUACUACUUUUAAAAGAGAAUUGUUUUUAUUCCUAUGCUCUUUUUGUGAUUGAAAAGUCAUCUAAUAGUAAGCAGAAUAGUAAUAGUAAGCUACUUUUUAAUUGCUGGCAAACAGCUUUAAGUGCACUUUCUUUGAUUACACUUCCAUUUUUUGUUAAACUUGAAUUUUCUGAAGCCUUUUAUGUACCACUAAGCAAAUAACUUUAACUUUUAAUAAACCUGAUUUACAUCUUUAUUAUAUUUCUAAUUGUUGAAAACAUACUUUCUAAAGUAAGUUAACUUCAGUCCUCACAUACAGCUGGAAAACUGUUAUGAGACAGAAUCAGUUGCUUUUUUUUUUUUCUUCCUAUAUCUAAUUAAGCACUAACUGAUUUUAGUACUAUAUUGCCUUUACAUUGCUUAUUCUUAUUGACUGAAUCCUGUCCCUCAUUCACUUCGUUUUGUUUGAAAUUUAAAGUUAUUUUCUUACUGUAUUUAUCAUACCUACUGUUUUAAUAAUCUGCUUUCUUUAAAUGCAAUAAAUCCCAAAUGGAUUGCAUAUUCUUUAUAAUCAGUGACUUCAGAGUUUUUCAUUAUUUGUCAUCUUAUUAAAAGUUUUGGAUGCAAA